GGAGGCGGUGCCCCUGCAGGCAGCAGCAGACCGCAGCGGAGAAAGAUCCAGCAAGGAGGGACUCAAUCAGACGGAGAGGAGGGACCGUCAGCCGGAGAGACGAGCGGCGCUGACACCACCGAGCGGUACCGUCGUGACAGCGUCUGUAAGCGGCACGGAGACUCUGCGAGGACAGCGUUUUCAUCCCAUGUAUUUUUAGACCCAGCUUCGUUGCUCUUGUCAUUGGCUGCCCGUUGUCACCAUGACAGCAGAAGAAACCAUAAAUGUGAAGGAGGUGGAGAUCAUCAAGGUGAUCCUGGAUUUUCUUAACUCCAGAAAGUUGCACAUCAGCAUGCUGGCUCUGGAAAAGGAGAGCGGCGUCAUCAAUGGACUCUAUUCAGACGAUAUGCUCUUCCUCAGGCAACUGGUCCUCGAUGGCCAGUGGGAUGAGGUCUUGCAGUUCAUUCAGCCUUUGGAAUGCAUGGACAAGUUUGACAGAAAAAGGUUUCGUUACAUCAUCCUUAAGCAGAAGUUUCUGGAGGCUCUGUGUGUGAAUAACGCCAUGUCUGCAGAAGACGAGCCACAACAUUUGGAGUUCACCAUGCAGGAAGCAGUGAAGUGCCUCCAUGCCCUGGAGGAGUUCUGUCCCUCUAAAGACGACUACAGCAAACUGUGUCUGCUCCUCACACUGCCACGCCUCACAAACCAUGCCGAGUUCAAGGACUGGAACCCGAGCACUGCCAGGGUUCAGUGUUUUGAGGAGGCCUGCACCAUGGUGGCAGAGUUCAUCCCUGCAGACAGGAAGCUGAGUGAGGCCGGAUUCAAGGCCAGCAGGGAUCGACUCUUCCAGCUGCUGCUCAAGGGAGUCAUCUAUGAGUGCUGUGUGGAGUUCUGCCAGAGCAAGGCGACAGGUGAGGAGAUCACAGAGAGUGAGGUCCUCCUGGGUGUCGACAUGCUCUGCGGUAAUGGCUGUGAUGACCUGGACCUGUCUCUGCUGUCCUGGAUGCAGAACCUCGCCCACACCGUCUUCUCCUGCGCCUUCGAACAGAAGCAGCUCAACAUUCAUGUAGACCGCUUGGUCAAGCCUGCUAAGACCGGCUACGCUGACCUCCUCACCCCGCUCAUCAGCAAACUGUCCCCCUACCCCUCCUCCCCGCUCCGCCGUCCCCAGUCCGCUGAUACCUACAUGUCACGCUCAUUGAACCCAGCGUUGGACGGGUUGUCCUACGGGCUUUCUGGCCAGGAUAAGAGGGCAAGCUGUGGGGAGGUAGCGCCGGGUAAAGGAGUCUCCCCCAUGUCCCACUCAUUCGCAAAUUUCCAUUACCCUGGAACAGCAGGGCAGAGCUUGAGCAGGAGUCUCAUGAUGGAGAGCUCCGACUGCCACAGCAUCUUUGAGGAAUCCCCUGAAACGUCAAGGACAGACACGCCCGUGGAUAAAAUGAUGAGCUCAGGUGGAGCUCAGAACAUGCGUCCUGCCUCAGCUCCGGGCGAGGACGCACCAUCAGCUGGCUCUGCAGACAGGAAUGAGCUGCGUGACUCAACGGAGAAGUAUGAAGAGUUUUACCGGCAGCGUCUUCGCGUGCAGCAGCACCUGGAGCAGAAGCAGCAGCAGAGGCAGAUGUACCAACAGAUGCUGCUGGAGGGUGGGGUCCAGCAGGAGCCGCCGCCCAGCGACAUGCAGCACAGCCUCACAGAGAAGUUCCUGAACAGGUCCAUCCAGAAGCUGGAAGAGCUCAAUGUGGGGAUGGAGAAUUUAGGAGAGGAGGUAAAGUCUCUGGCACAGCAGUGCAACGGCAACGGGAACACGCCUGCCUCCGAGGACAAUAACAAUCCUCCAUCUGUGACCCCGGAGCAAAGCCGGACCCGAGGGGGAGGGCUGCUCAGCAGCACCCCACAACACACCGUGGGAGGCCGUGCAGUCCCACCUCCAAAUGAGUCCCCAGUCGUCUCCCAGAGUGGGCAGAAACCAAAAGGAGGUCAACAAGGUGACUCUCCAGGCUCCUUAUCCCGGAGUAAAGAGGAUGAUAAACCAAAAAGCCUGUUUGUACCAGUGCACUCUUUGGAAGAUACUCAGGCUGUUCGAGCUGUUGCCUUUCACCCGUCUGGAUCUCUGUAUGCCGUGGGAUCCAACUCCAAAACUCUACGUGUUUGCGCCUAUCCAGAAACACUGGACACGAGCGGCUCAAGUCCAACAAAGCAGCCAGUUGUUCGCUUCAAGAGGAACAAACACCACAAAGGGUCCAUCUACUGCGUGGCCUGGAGCCACUGUGGGCAGCUGCUGGCUACCGGCUCCAACGACAAAUAUGUCAAAGUCCUACCUUUCAGUGCAGAGACGUGCAACGCUACAGGCCCAGACCUGGAGUUCAGCAUGCAUGACGGCACCAUCAGAGACCUGGCCUUCAUGGAGGGUCCAGAGAGUGGAGGAGCGAUCUUGAUCAGCGCCGGAGCAGGAGACUGUAACAUCUACACCACAGACUGCCAGAGAGGACAGGGUCUGCACGCCCUCAGCGGACACACAGGUCACAUUCUGUCUCUGUACACGUGGGGAGGCUGGAUGAUUGCUUCUGGCUCUCAAGACAAGACGGUGCGUUUCUGGGACCUCAGGGUACCCAGCUGUGUGCGAGUGGUGGGAACUGCUUUCCAUGGCUCAGGGAGUCCCGUUGCCUCGGUAGCAGUGGAUCCCAGUGGCCGUCUCCUAGCAACAGGACAGGAAGACAGUGCCUGCAUGCUGUAUGACAUCAGAGGAGGGCGCAUCGUCCAAGUGUACCGGCCACACACCAGCGACGUUAGAUCUGUUAGGUUUUCUCCCGGAGCACACUACCUGCUUACCGGUUCCUAUGACACAAAGGUCAUGGUCACCAACCUCCAAGGUGACCUGACCAAACAGUUGCCUCAAACUGUGGUGGGAGAACACGGCGACAAGGUGAUUCAGUGUCGAUGGCACACACAAGACCUGUCCUUCCUCUCGUCCUCGGCUGACCGCACCGUCACGCUCUGGACGCACAACCCUUAACACACACACACACACACACACAGACAACCUGUUACUCUAAUCUGAAAGACAUACAUUCGCCUAAAACUAUACUGCUCCUUGUGCACUGUAAACACCGUCACACCCUUUCAACACUGUCUAAAAACACACUUACACACAUGUGAGUACACAAACAAGUGAAUGAGCCUUUCCUUCCUGUCUGUAGAAACCAAAUGGAUACAAACCCGGGACACGUCUAAAGCACACAUUUUGCAUGUUGCAUCUUUCUUUUUUCAUCUCCCAUAUUUAUCCCGAUAGUUGUCAUAUUGAGGUGUAAACUGCAGGAUUAUUCAUAGCCGUCACUUCAUCCCCUCGUCCACAUGGUGUCGUCCUACAUUUUCACUCCCCCCACACACACACACACACACACCGGUCAGUUGCUGCAUGUUCUUUUUACUGCAGAGUCGUUGAGGUUAGACAGGAGUGCUUUGUUCAUGAUGGUGCCUUCCUUGAGUUCUCAAUUUCCAUAACAAAAAUGUAAAAAAGAAAUGAUAAUAUGGUCAUUUUUCAAAGAUCAAAUUUUGUUAGUCAUUUUGAGAGAUCGUACAUUCCUUCUUUUGCAUAUCAUUUUCUUACAGCUGGUGUAAUGCUGCUAUUGUUUAGGAAAACAAAAGUCGAUGUAAAGUGUAUUUUUCAGUGUAUCAGUAGUGAGCCGUUCCUAUUAGGAGGCUGAAUCUGUGGAAGUCAUACUAUCUGUUGCUUCCCUGUGGGAUGUACUGAAGUCUAAUGUUACUGUAUCCACUGCAUUACUACAACUCAAAACGUGUAAAUUAUUGUAGCUAGUGCAUUUGUUUUGAAUUUGAAAUCAAUGUUUUUGCGCUGAAGCUGUUUGACGCUGUCUUGAAAUGGCUUGCUUGCAAUGGAAGAUCGUUAUGUCGACAUCAAAGGGAACUUUAACUUGUCAUUUAUUUUGGUUGGCUGCCCUCACAUUCAGCUAGGAUUUUUUAGUGUUCAGUGUCUCCUGCUGUAUUAGUAAAAUAACAGUAGGUGGCAGUCUUUGCCCAUAGCAAGGGUCUAACCAUAUGCACAGUGAAAUCUGGAUGGAAGCACGGGUGUUUUGAUAUUUAUUUAGAACCAGUAUUUGGGGCAUAUGCAUUGUAUUAUUUUCUUGUAUUUUCCAUGCGCACUUUGUCUUUUAACAUUGUCCUCUUACAUUAAUUUACUUACAAAGAUGCAUAUUUAAGUUUUUUGUUAAUGUAUAGUGUAUAUUGUUUUAACAAAUAAGGCCAAACUAAUACAUAGAUGUAUUUAUUUCAGGUUGUGUUUAUGUAUGUACAGUCAUUAGUUUGUUUCUGAAAUGCUAGUGGCUCUUGUAUUAAGCCUUUUUAAUUCUUGUUUUUAAAAGUGACUUAAAUUAAUUAAAGCUAACUGAAGUCUGA